AUGGUACACCCUUACGCUUAUCCGACUUCCCACCUGAAGAGACUUUUACUGAGCGACGUAAGCGACAUCCUGAAAUGUCAGAUUCAGAUUCUGUCCCGCCAUUUUUGGAUUUCCAAUCUAAACCCUGGAGGCUGGCCAUGGGGCUGGGCUAUCUAUCGUACCUCCUAUGCCAACACGUCCGAUGAAGACUGGGCUAGGGCUAUUGAAAAGCUCGACCAGGCCUGUCUAGCUGGCCUAGCAGAUAAAGAGGGUGAAUGGACCUGGUUAGGGCGUACGCUUAUUGAACUCGUUCGCGAAGGUUAUGGAAAUGUGAUUUUUGAAGACCCUACCUUGGAAGGGGUGUCAGAAGCGGUGGUUCGAAGCCGGCAUAGAGCGUGGGCUAAAACCUAUGGCCGCCCUGCAUUCGGUCCCUGUCCUCCAUUCCACUACCCUCUUUUGUUAGAUGAUCGCUGUGUGCGGUCGAUUUUGGCUAGCGCCGAGCCCUGA